AAAACAUCUGUCAUCACCAGAUCCGCUUCUGAUUGACUAAAUCCGCUCAGGAACAAACUCGCGCACGAACUCAGCGCGCGCGGGACCGGACUCGGGGAAUCUGAAGCGUUACCGAGCAACAGCGGAUCCUGAGCGUUACCGCGCGACCGGAAAUGCACGUGGGGAAGAUCCUCCUCGGGGUUUUGGGUGCAGUCGUGGUGGUCACUCUGAUAGCUGUACCAACGGCUAUCUAUCUUAAUGGUUCCACAGAGAAGAGCCCAGAAAAAACCAAAAGGACUUUUACCCUUAAUGACUACUUCAACAGCACCAUCAGAGCCAGAUCAUUUAACAUGCGCUGGAUCUCCGAUCAUGAGUAUCUGCAUAGCACACCAGAGGAAUCGGUCUUAUUGUUUGACGUUUCUUCAGAGAAGGGAGAGAAGUUUCUGGAAGAGACACUGGACUCAUUUAAAGCCUUCGAUUACAUGGUGUCAGCUGAUCGCAAGUUUGUGUGUUUACUGACCAACUACUCAAAGAUCUGGAGACACUCAUUUACUGCGACUUACUUAAUCUACGACCGGGAGAACAGGAAGUUGCUCACUACAGAUAUCCCGCAUGAGGUCCAGUACCUCGCCUGGGCUCCGACAGGCCACUCACUGGCGUAUGUAUGGAUGAAUAAUGUGUAUGUGAAGUCCAGCCCCUCUUCACCAGCAGAACAAGUCACCAGUAACGGAAAUCCUGUGAUCCUGAAUGGCAUUCCUGACUGGGUGUAUGAGGAGGAGAUGUUUUCCACCAACAAUGCCAUGUGGUGGUCUCCAUCCGGAAGGUUCCUGGCCUUCGCCGAGUUCAACGACACAGACGUGCACGUGAUCGAGUACUCGUGGUACGGUCAGGGUCAGUAUCCGGAAAUGGUCACCAUCCCGUAUCCCAAGGCUGGAACACCGAACCCGACGGUCCGCCUCUUUGUGGUUGAUGCCUCGAACGUCUCCAGAAUUAUGGAGCUUUCCGUGCCAAGCGCUCUUUCCGCAAUAGAUCACUACCUGAGCACGGUCACGUGGGCCACGGACGAGAGAAUCGCAGUUCAGUGGCAAAACCGCACGCAGAGUCACGUCAUUCUGCAGACGUACGAACUCAGCGGCGGGACGUGGAGCAAAAAAACGGAAAUAAACUUGGAGAGCAAGACAGGUUGGAUCGGACGAUUCUCGCCGAGUGACCCUGUGUUUAAACCCGACGGCUCCAGCUGUUACUACAUCAAGAGCGACUCAAGCGGCUUUAAGCACAUCCAUCACAUCAGCGGGGACACGCUCACACCCAUCACGUCAGGACGGUGGGAGGUCACCGACAUCCUCAAAGUGACCAGCGACGCCAUAUUCUACGUGAGCAACGAACACAACAGCCAUCCAGGCCAGAGAAAUGUUUACAAAAUCUCAAUAGAAGGUGCGACUCAUUCCCCACGCGUCUGUCUCACCUGUACACUGAUGGAGGACAGGUGUAAAUAUAACUCCGCCUACUUUAGCACCAACGGCACCUACUACCGACUGGGCUGUUCAGGUCCCGGACUGCCUUUGUACACUUUAAGAGACAGUCGAGGUGCUGGAUCAGAGAUCAGGGUUCUGGAGGACAAUAAACUCCUCGAGUCGAUUCUCCAGAACAUCGCGAUGCCCUCGGUGACCCACGACACACUGAAGAUCGGCGAGUUCGACCUGUGGUACCAGAUGACUCUGCCUCCUAACUUUGACAAGUCCAAAAAAUACCCUCUGCUGAUUGACGUCUACGCCGGGCCAUGCAGUCAGAAGUCAGACUUUCGUUUCCGGAUCAACUGGUCUACGUAUCUGGCCAGCACGGAGAACAUCAUCGUGGCCAGUUUCGAUGGCCGAGGAAGCGGAUACCAAGGAGACCAGAUCAUGCACUCUAUCUAUAAAAGACUAGGCACAUACGAAGUAGAGGACCAGAUCACUGCCGCCAGACAUUUCAUUGAUUUGGGCUACGUCGAUAAAGAUCGAAUGGCGAUCUGGGGUUGGUCCUACGGUGGUUACGUCACCUCCAUGGCUCUGGGAGCAGGAAGUGGAGUGUUUAAGUGCGGCAUGGCCGUCGCCCCGGUGUCGAAGUGGGAGUAUUAUGAUUCCAUCUACACGGAGCGCUACAUGCUAACUCCGAAAGAAAACAGAGGCUUCUAUGACAAUUCCACAGUGAUGGGAAGAGCGAAGAAUUUCGAUUCCGUUCAGUACCUGCUGGUGCACGGCACAGCCGACGAUAACGUCCACUUCCAGCAGGCAGCGCAGAUCUCCAAAGCUCUCGUCAACCAGCAAGUGGAUUUUGAGUCGAUGUGGUACACGGACGAGGAUCACAGUCUCGGAGGAUCGGCCUAUGAGCACGUCUAUACCCACAUGAGUCACUUCCUGAAGAAGUGCUUCGCGUGAUGUGUGGCUGUAGACGUCAGAUUCGUCACAUGACUCACUUCCUGGACUUCUGCUCUAGACGAGAUGUUCCUCAAACCACCAAGCAAACCACAUUUUCUUCUCUAGCUGCUAUUUAUGCUAUUGCAAGUGUUUUUGUUUUUUUUUUUUUUACAAAAAUCCCCAAUAAACCGGCUGUAUAUUAUUUUAUUUUCAUCCAACUUGCUAAUUAACAAGAUUAGCAGAGUGAAAACAUUCUACAGGAGCUUCUGCUUCGAUCCGACGCCGACUUGAUCAUUGCACAUGUUUCUAAGAAUAAUUAAGCAACACUUUACCCGCAUGACUACACUGAUUCCUGAUAGCUUCGUGUGUUGCUUAGCAAAGGAUGGGCAGCUAAUAUUCCUUCACAGUGGUAUUGAUUUCAGUAUUGCUCUUGAGUUUUGGCACGAAUUUGAGGCCAAAUAUCAAACAAAAUAUCUUAAAACUUCCUCACUUCCUCAAAGUGAAAAAAAAAACGCUCUGAACCUGAAAUCUUCGCUGCAACAUUUCAGUUCUUUUGUGCAGAUUUUUCAAGCUCACUUAGUUUCAAAAUAAUUCACUUUUUAAAAUUUAUUCCAAUUUUAAAUCUCAUCUCUUCCCUUUUUUUAACUUCUUAAAAGUUUUAUGCAGAUGCUUUUAUGACUGAAAUUUUAGUAGUUGAUUAUUUUUUUUUAAUAACCACCAAAAACUGCAUAAUAACAAUUAGCUAAUUACCCUAUGUUAAAUUUUCCCUCAUGUUUCUUGUUAAAUUCUUUUUAAAAUGAAUUUUAAAGCUUUACUAAAAAAAAAAAAGGUGGAACUACUGUUCUGGCAUCUCAGCAUCUUCAAGUAUGAUUUUUUUUAUUUUUAUUUUUUUUAAUAAUGUGUAUGAUUCAGGGCACCAAAGUGUAUUCCAGCCUCGAUAACUUAAAAAGAUUAUUUACUCUAUACAGGUUUACUCUUUAUGAACAAUUUGUGUAAAUGCCUCCAGCUUGUAUUUAAUUUCCAAUCAGGAGAUAUUAAACACUGUGUAAUGAGAAUAUACUCAGUUAUUCAAUUUGUACAUUAUAAAAAAAAACAUAUUUAUUGUAAAUUCAUGAAUGUGUAAUUACAAGUGAAUUAUUUACUGUAUGUGCAAUAAAAUUUGAAAUAUGAAAACGG